CCCUCGUCAUUUGGGAAAUAGAAGGUGUUAACCUGUUUUAUAAAAAAGGGACAGAGAUUUCUUAUCCCAAAAGACUGCGAUGAAAUGACGUUCUGGCAUCUGAUUUUCACUACAUUUCAGUGGAAUGCAAUUAUCCUUAUGUCCUCUAUGGCUGCUGGUUCGAUGAUAAAGAGACGAUUAUCACAAAAUGUGGCGUACUUUGAAGCAAAUAAAGGUAACACUGACCACACUAUAUUUCGAUAUUUUCUAACUUUGUAGAACGACCCCAAACAUAUAACAAUUAUUCACCACAGUGGAGGUGGCUAGUGGUGGUAAUUACCGAGGCCGCGUUAGCGGCGAAGUUAAUAUCCACUACUAUUCACUGAUUCACCUCCAGUUCCUCCUAGCGAGCGACGCCAAACUCGUGUAAGUUGCGAGCAAAAUGCCUUCCCGGUUUGCUGCCGUAACAAACAAAGAAAUUUCACAACUAAUCAAGCAAGCUGUUCCCGAAAUACACGAAGGUGACGAGGUUCGGUUUGGAAGUUUUAAAAGGUAAAGAUUUGUCUUUUUGACUUGAAUUAAUCGAUAAAACCAGUGAAAAAGGUUUUUGUUUACAAAUGUAAAUUAAGCUUAAGUUGACUUGUUCAUAAACAAGCUUAAAGCCAAAUUUAAUAAUCAUUUUUACAGAAUGUUUUGAAAUACAAAAAGAAUUCACAACUCCUUUUAAAGAAAUUUCCCCGCAAGAGCCAAACAAAUGCCUUCAAAAGAUUUAUUUGUCGGCAAGAAAAAGCGACGACCGCGGUCGUUCGGUCAUCGGGCGCCAAAAUUGUAAUCGUUGGCAGCAGUAAAUGAGUUAAAAAUUAUCAUUUUUUUGCUCAAUUAUCUCACUGUUUUACUAUAUACUAAAACAACUAUUCACCUCAGUGUCGGUGGCUUGUGCAGGAUAUUCACUGAUUGAGUAGCCAAUCAGAGCGCGCGAAAAACACUAUCCACUGUUUUAGUAUUACUAAAGUGGUUUAAGUCUUAAAACGUGCUGUGAGUACUGUUUCGCGCUUAAAUUAAAAGCUUUCACAUUUUGUUUGCCAAACAUGUCGAUGUCUUGAAUAAAACAUCUAUUGUGCUACCACUUACACCUAAGGCAACUAAUUAACUACCAGUGAAAGUGGUGGAACCGUAAUGACACCAUAGUAAAAACGUUAUUCUCCUCAGAAGCAGAAUUUUACCGUUUGGUAUAAACGUCAGAAAUCAAUUAUUUAUUAGGUACUUAAAAGCUGGUUCUCACUAGCGACGGAGUCAGAGUCGGAGUCUUAAUCAGAAGCGUAGAACUUUGCUUCCGAUUCCGACAAUCUGGCUCUCAUUAGAUCGUAAACGACGAAGUCAUAAGCGGAGUCGGAAGAAAAUGGAAACGUUCUCGGACUGCAUCGCCUUUAUGACUCCACAUACGACUCCAAUGUUAGAUUUUAACGAGGUCAUAAGCGCUCUUACGACUCCGACUCCAACUCCGUCCCUAGUGAAAACCAGCCUUAAGAGACUAAAACCAUUUGUUUUGUUUGCUCAAAUAGUCGUGGAUGCGGUUUAGGCAAAAUAUAUAUGUCUGACGGAAACUAACUUGACUUUCAACUAAAGGUUGUAGACGUCGAUAAAAACACUACAAAAAACCUGAUUUUCUUCCUUUUGAACAGAGACUUUUUGUUGGAAUAAACGCUACAAAUAAAUUAUUAAGGCCUUCAUAAGCGAUCGCUUUUCAAUUGGUCAUCCAAAGCUUAUGGGUUGUUCGACUACGUCAUUAAAUUAAACGUAUAGCUAAGUUGCAUACGUCAACAAAUGUAUAGUCGUAGGUCACCGAGAAAUGUAAAGUUGCAGUGCUGACCAAUUCGGUUUCAGCAUUUUAUCAUGAAUAAUUAUUUCUAUUAAUUAAAUUUAUUAAAUUUUCAUUUUGACUGAAGAAAACCUUCAGAACAAAUUGAUACAUACAAUUACGCGUAUUUAAAAACAAAACAAAAAAAAACAUUCAUUAUUUAUUUUUUUAACUUGUGCUAUACAUGCAACUUUUAUUAAGUUUCUUAUUAUAUCUUGCAACUAAACUUUACUUCACUUGUCUUUAUUGAAGCCUUUUAUUAUUUAUUUAUUCAAAGGAUACUCGCUACAAAGUCAUGUGAUUGCCUUUCAUCACGUAUCGCGUGACUUUGACUGUGGGAUUAUGUGUUUGCAAAACAAAGGGUGCUUAUCAUACAACUACAAACCAACCAGCGACAACCGCAACGAGUGCCAGUUGAAUGAUGCCAGCAAAGUCUCGUGUCCAGGAUGUUUAACUGUUGAACCUGGCGUCAUUUAUUAUGACGUUGUCAUGGUAAGUUACAUCAAUCAGAGCAAUAAGUCGGCCAAAGGGAAGCAAAGAGAAUUUCGGAUCAAUUUAGGUUUGUGGGAAACUGCCCACCUACCACUCCUCGAAGCCAACAUUAUCAAUUACUUCUUACUUAGGGCAAAAUGUUGGCUUAGGGAUGGGUAGGUGGGCAGUUUCUCAGAAACCUAAAUUGAUCCAGAAUUUCAAUAGGGAGCUUAAUAAACAAAGGCGUUUUGGAGAGACGCACGUCAACCGGAAGUGAAGAUUUUUUUCCUUUUACAAUGCCUUGACGAUAUGAAAUUUGUAUUACUUAGCUUCUUAACACUUGUAGAGACGAUUUAACUGAAAAUGUGGGCAAAACCACUGCUCAGGAAUGUAAAACGUCUUCUUCCCGGUUGACCUGCGUUGCUCAAAAAUGCCUUUGCUUCAUUUCCCUAAUAUCAGCAAGCCAGAUCAUUCUACUUCUAAAUAGUUACAGUCGAAUCUCGAUAACUCGAACCCUCGCUAACUGGAACCUCGCGCCAACUGGAAACUCGAACCAAAAUCGAUUUCACCUGGAUUUCCUUUAUACAUUUACUAGCAUUUUACCCUCGGUAACUCGAACCUCCUGCCAACUCAAAGAAGAUUUUGUUUUCUUUCGGAUCAUUCCUACAUAUAAAUAUGCCCUCGAUUUAACUCGACAAGUCGAAAAAAAGCGUACUGCAGUCUGAAACACUGGAGUUACUUCAACAUCUUUGUCUUUAUACUUUUUCAGACUAGUUAAAUACAGUGUCCUGCAAUGUGUAUUUAUCAAGUUUUGUUCGGUUAGUGAAGUGCAUUUCUUUUAAAUGUUACUUGCCUUCAUUCCUCAUCCCAUUUUUCGAAUUUCCGGUUAUUUGCUUCAAACUCUUGCUAACUGGAAUCUUUUUCAAUAUCCCUAGAGGGUUCGAGUUGUCCGAUGGGAGUCGCUUGUUUACACUCCUGCAAUAUACGUUUUUAUAGCUUUUACUUUUUGCUUCCCCAUAUCAGAUAUGAAUGCUUAAAGUUACGACCAUAAAAAAGGAAAAUUCCCUUCAAAAACUAAUACGCUGUCUCUUGAAAAAACGGGCUAUUAUCCAAGUGUCUCUACUUACCAAAGCUAUAGUAAGCUCGUCGUUAACCGAACCAUCGUCAAUCGUAGUCACCCAUGACCUUACAAAAUUUGAAAUGGAGAGAAAUUAAUCCAUUGCGUCUUAUCUUUAUUUAUUUAUUUAUUGUUCAUGUUCCCUUUUUUUCCAGAUGAACGACUGCACCGGGAGAGAUGGUGAGAACUCCAAUUUGUUGAUCAAUUACAACCAAUUGUUUCAAUGUUGUUGUUAAAUUUUGCAUUCUUGUUGCCACCAUGACAUUAAUGAUUUCUAUAUAUGCAACCCUGACCAUAAUAGGAUAUUAGUAAUAAUAAUAAUAAUAAUAAUAAUAAUAAUAAUAAUAAUAAUGAUUCAUUCAUUCAUUCAUUCUUUAUUUGCCAUAUAUACAAAAUUUUACAAAUUAAGGUUGGAAUAAUGAGAUUAAAGAAAAGUAAAUGAUGGAUUGGAUUAUACAUAUACAGCCAAGGAUUAUUCAACAGGCUAGUUAUCCUGUCGUAUUUUCUUUUUCCAUCCAAUUCUUUCCAAACUAGUACUGGAAAGCAUAUAGUCCUUUACGUAAAGAAAUCGUUUCAUUUUAUUCUUUUGCUUUUAGGUGAAAUCUCGGAUUACGACCUUAAUUUUACUAACAAGAGCACCAGAAAUUACGUCAACCAGACCUGGCCUAUGAAAUUGUCAAAGUUUACAAUUUGCUUUUGGAUGCAGACUGAAGACACCAAUAGAGGCGUGACGUUUAGCUAUGCUAUUCCAGGAGAACAUAAUGAAAUAACGAUCUUUAGAACGGAACUGGCAAUCCAUGGUGAGACGAGGUAAGGAUCGAGCCAAUACUGACAGCACUCUCUUUUGACACUGCAUGAAACGAUCUUCAGUUUCUUGGUCCGACAUAGUAGCCAGUCUCCGUGGCCACUUGAUGGUAUUAGAGCUCAAUCAAUUAUGGCUAAUCUCAGGGUGAAUGGUGGUGGGUGAGGGGGUGGGGGUUGAAAUGUCCCUUCUAUAAACAUCUAAAUGAUGUACGACUCAGUAAACUGUGGUCACAGGAUACUUGAAAUGUAUACAUUUCCAAAGUUGUUUUCGGCGCCAUUGAAUCCUAUAUCGCAUGCAGAGAAUUUAAGUAAGAAUCAACCCUGUGAACGGAUUCUCUUUUUGACUUCUUCUUGAACGAAGAGGAAAAAAAGGCGGAUCAGUAGAAAUCGCGUCAAGCUUUGGUAUCGUAGCAAUGAGACCGAACUUUUGGUCUCGUCUCAUUUUCCUCGUUUUCUCAUGUGAAACUGUUUUUUUGAGUACGAGCAUCCGUUUGUUUCGAACGGUAUCGUGUCAACAUGCAAAGCAUGUUCAACAUUUUCUAAUCUUAAUUCCUCGAGCAAGGAAAUGAAAGGAUAUCCUGGUAGGGUAGGGAAACACUCACAACGUCGGCACUGGCAGCCAAAUUAACUGUGGGUUUCUUUUUGCUUAGUAUACAAUCAACUCUCGUCUGGAUUCCCGGUUGUCACGGAUACCCCGAUAAUACGUGCGGACAGCCCCUGAAUCCCCGGUGAAAAUUACAGAUAUUUGACUAAAACAUUAACUCCUGCUGUUAUGGACUCUCGCUUAAGGGACCGGUCAUUAUUUAUGGCCGGCGGGGUUGGGGGCUAAACAAGGUGAAAUUUAGCCGAUCCCCCUUAGCCUGCAGUGCAGGCGUUUUCUUGGAGCGCGCAAUUUGCUGGCGAAAGCGCCAUGUUGAAACUUCCCAAAGAGAGGAGGAGAUGGGGCGAGUCAAAGGGAGUGGGGAGGGGGCGGGUGAAGAGAACACGCCUGCCCGAAAAUACUGUGAAAAUGAGAAACACCCUCUAAUUAGACGCACGUGACCGCUCUUCAGGAAAUGAGUAGCUGACAAUAACGAAACAACCAAACAGUCGCUCCAGUCCAAAGAAACAAGCUGGAGUUUAUCAUUGUUUUUAUCUUGACUGAGUCACAAUGCAAUUCUCCACAGCUGAUGAAGCUUCAGUUUAAGCUGCAAUUCAUUCUUCUAAAUUCAUCUCUGUAAAUCGCUAUCCGUGAGAGUUUAACAUCCUGCAAACGAUUUAAAAAAACUAACGAGCUGGGCCCAGCUUGAUACAACAUGGCAGGAAAACAUCACAUUCUCGGACUAGAAAGAAAAUCGCUUAGCUAUUCAGAUCCUGAGGCACUUUGGACAAAAAUAAAGAACCUAACAGCCUUAUUUAGCGACAAAAAGAGCUUUACGCUUCAAAAGAGGUUAAAGAAAACGCUCUUGCAUCAGAGGGCAAAUCAUGAAGACCAAAAAUUCAAAAAAACACAGAAAAUCAAUAAGCGUGUCAUGGCUUCUCAGUGUGAAACAAGGGGUUAAAAUCACAUUUGCUCAGUCAAAACAUAGAACCCCCUAGAGCAUAAUCUACUCGCCAGAAAAAAAAGCGUAUUGGAACAAGCAGCAUUUUGGCAUGAGGUAAAAGUGGUGUAGGUUUUAGUACUGCGAGCAAAUCUUGUCCUGAUGACCAGUGUAGAAAUCGCUUUGACUUUCUCAUUGCGUAAUACACGCGACAUUCCCAGCCGCUCCAAUUUCAAACGACUGACGGAAACGGAAUAAAUUAAAUAAUAUAGACUUGCAGUUAAUUGACAGGCAUCAAUCUACUUCCCUAUGCCGCACCAAUCCGGAGCUCCGUUUGCCAGCGUACGGAGUUUCCCACAAGAACAAUGAUAUCGGGCAGGCGUAUUUUUUUCGCCCCUCCCCUUCCCCCUUUCCUUCUUUCGCCCUCGCACCUACCGUAAGGGUUACUAUUUCUACUCUCUCCAAUCUCCCACUGUCAUAAAACCAAAGAUGGCGGCUACAACAAUAUUACGAACACGAACAAGGUUUCGCCCACCCAAAAUACGCCUGCACUGCAGGCUAAACCCCCCUUUGAAUGUUACUUCACUGAAGUGAUCCCCCCCCAAUAACAUUUGAUGACUUUCGUGAUCCCCCUCGUCCCAUGUCUCCAUUUUCCAAGCAAAUUUGAGUGGUCCCCCCUCUGAAUCCUUCCAAAGUUUUCAGUGAUCCCCCCUUUUGGGUUCUCAGCUACGAUCUCCCUUUUUGUUCUCCUAAAAAUCAAGUGAUACCCCCCAAACCAACUGCCCCCCCCCCUCUCCUCCCCCCAGGUGAUAAAUAAUAACCAGUGCCUAAAUUAAGGACUUACGGACACCUUUCUCGGCCCCAACAGCACUGUUCUAGUGUUUAAACUCUCGUUAUAACGGACAUCAUUCAGCGUCUUAACGCGACAAGUUAUGUCUAAAUUAUGAUUCAGUUUAUUCAUUUGUUAUCCAUCUAUUUUAUGAAGGAGAAUUGGUCUAGGAAAAUAUUACGACGGAGUAAGACACCAUAUCUGCGUAGCUUGGGGAAAUGAGAAUGGAGAAUGGAGUAUGACAGUAGACGGCGUAGUGACCAUUAACGGUACCGGCUUUAAACCCGGAUAUGUUAUUCCCGGUCGAGGGUACUUGGUAAUUGGUCAAGAUCAAGACAAAAUGGCAGAUCCCAACAGUUUCCAACAGAUACAGAGCUUUCAUGGAACACUCAGUGGACUUCAUGUAUGGAGUAAUGUGUUGUCCGACGCAGAAAUAGUUCGCAUGUCGAAGGGCUGUAAUAUGGGAAUUGGGAAUGUUCUCAUGUGGUCUGAUUUUCUGAUCUCAAGGCAUGGUGAUGUUCUUGUCAAAUGUCCAUCUAGAUGUGAGAUUUAGUGCGUAAUACACACGUUGGUGACUUAAUCUUUGCGCAGUCUAAAUGUGAACGAAAUAUGUUGAUAUCGACUGCUUUCCUGUCGCUCGUUAAACACACCGAUGGGAAAAGCGCCCUGGGGACGAGGUUGCGAUAAAUCCAUAUAUUAGAUUGUUUUGCUUUUGCUGUUGUUUCGCUUUUUGCUGCUGACGUUGCCCCCGCUGGGGGCCCCCUUUCGAAUAAGCGCCCCCUUUGAACGUGUUUUUAUUAAUUAGAGCCCCUGUUCCAUUAAGGGCUCCCAUUCCAAUAAGGAAGGAAGGAGUCAUGGAUGAGAGGACAACAGUAUAUAUAUAUAUAUAUACAAGUUAUAAUAUAUGUACCAAUAAGCGCCCUCAUUCUGCUAAGCUCUCCUAUUCUAAUAUUAUAACAUUAA